GUCCUGGAUGGUGAGCUCGUUUUCUCAUGCGGUUCAACAGAAACACCAUCUGUGCAGGAUGUCAGCGAUGCACUGGGAGGCCAGACGCCGCCAGAGCGCUUUGGACCGUAGGAAGGCUCAAAACCAGUCGCAGCAGCCGCCAGAGACUUUAGAGUCUGACCACAGUGCGACAGAAACCAACACAACACAACAACAAACAGUUGAUGCACAGUGUCCUCAUUGCCAUGGCAACCUGAAGAUUCCUGACACGAACAGUGCCAAGCUUCCCAACAGACACUCGUCUUUAGAGUACAGCCAGCAGUGGUGAAGAAAACCAGGAUCAACACAUUCCAGAUUAAAGUCCAAAGCUCAGAGGUUCCUCCGACAGCAAAAAAUACCAGAAGUUACCGACUGAACGUUUUUUUUCUCUGACGACACUU